AUUAGUGCAGAUUGUGUACAGUGCUGUAUCUUAUGAGCGACGAGGAGGACACUAGAGAGGAUGACCGGAUCUUGCGAUCGGCAAGGCGCCCGAUUGCCCACUUGGCAUUAGGACUAGAGGGUGACAGGUACCUGUUCUGCCAGCGUAGAGAUAGGUUGCAGCAGCUGAGGAGGGCUAGAGCAGAGGCUAGUCGGGCACUUGGGAGUGAAGCCGCAACUUCAGAAGCUAUGGGACCGGGACAAACACAGUGGGUUCCAAAGACGGCCAUCGCCGCUCCCAAACCUUUCACAGGGGAUAAGAGGGGCGAAAACGUCGACACAUGGUUGAGGGCAGUGCCGGUCUAUGUCAAGUGUAAGCUUACCUUGCAGCACGAGGAAGUGUUUGUGGCUGCAUCCUAUCCAAAGGGUAGUGCAACACGAUGGUUGAGUGGUUUGGUGCAACUCCAGGGAUAUGGUCAUGACUUCCGCUCUUGGGCAGCCCACCAGAAACUGGAGGACUUCCUCAAGAUGGUGGAGGAAAGGUGGCAUGAUCCUCGAGAGGCUAAAAAAGCCACUGGCGCGAUCUUGACAUUGCACACGAGGCAGUUUAAGUCAACCAGGGAGGCCAUCGACGUUGUAAAGCGUCUGAUCUGUGUCCCUGGGGUGCGCUAUGACCCCCAAGUAUUACUCACCUCCUACCUGAGAUGCUUUCCAAUGCCUCUUAGGAAUCAGUUGGCAGGUGAGGCCAACAUCAACAUUCACAACUUCCCCUCGUUCAGCAAGAAGGCCCUAGACCUUGAAGUGAAGAUAGGGUAUGGACAUAAUCCCACAACGGACGGUAGGAAGAAAACACUGCUUCCCAACUGGAAGGCGAAGGGCCGCAUUAUGCUUGUCGAUAGCGAUGGAUCAACCAUCGAAUUAGACGAUAACUUCCAAGGAGGAGUAGGUUCAAAGGCUGGCAACACAGAAGCUUCAGAGGGUGGAGUAGUUGCUGCCGUAGCCCAGAAAGGUGCGCUGAAAACUGAGUUCGAUCUUGCGGACAAUGUUACUCAGUCUUUGGUGGAAGCCUAUCGUGAGGAUCCGUUUAUGUUUGAGAUCAUUCGCAGACUUGAGGCGAAGGACAAAGUAACUUCUAUCGAGUUUGAGUUGGUCAAGGGCUUGCUGUUCCUUGAGAAGCCUGGAAAUAAACGUUUGUGUGUUCCUAAUAAGGAAUCUUUGCGUAGUUUGUUUUUAGGUGAGUGCCAUGAUGCCACCGACCAUUUUGGGUAUAAGAAGACCACAACCAAUCUGCUGCAGCGGUUCUGGUGGCCCACGAUGAUGCGAGAUGCCCAGUUGUACGUGGAGACUUGUCAGGUCUGUCAAAGGGAUAAGCCCCGUACUCUGGCUCCUCUUGGGCUAUCGAAGCCCCUUCCGAUUCUGGAACGGCCUGGUGAGAGUCUGUCCAUGGACUUCAUGGAUACUCUGGUCACCUCCUAUUAAGGGGAAGAUAAUAGGCAGUACGUUAGAGAGGAAGGUCUCAUUUUUAAUGAAGUCACCUCCUUAGA